UGGGCUCAACUUUCUCAGUCAUGAUUCAUAUCCCAUUUGCCGUUUAAACCCUAGCAGGGGUUUUAUGCUCGCGCCACACCACAGAUCCUCUCUUCAGGUUCAGGGACAAAGGGAUUAACCUCCUGAGGUUCAAAAUGCAAUGUUGCUGAACCAACUUAAUUUUCACCAUCUUUUCGAAGGCACAUUCUAAGCCAUGAGUGCCGUAAGAUUAUCAUCAUGCGUUGCCACGGCUGCGGCCGUGGCUGCCAUGUUCAGUCUCUCCAAUAAGGCUUACGCCGAGACCUCCUUUCGGUUCCCUUUUCUCUCUCCUUCGUCCACUAAUUCAGCUCCCCUGGAAGAUCAGGAUUCUGAUACCAAGUCAGAAUCUCAAGCUGCUGAUGAACCCAAAAAGUCCGGUUUUGACCCGGAAUCGUUAGAACGAGGGGCAAAAGCUCUCCGCGAAAUCAAUGCUUCUCCGUAUUCUAAACAGGUGUUUGAUUUAAUGAGAAAGCAGGAAAAAACUCGCCUUGCUGAGUUAGAUGCCGAGAAAGUUCAUUAUGAACUAAUUCAGUCUCAAGUUGAUAUUGAUAGGCAGCGGAAGUUAGCUGAAGAACAACGAAAUCUUAUACAGGAGCAGGCCCAGAGGCAGGCCCAGGUGCUGCGAUAUGAAGAUGAAUUGGCCAGGAAAAGAAUGCAGGCAGAUCAUGAAGCUCAGAGACGACAUAAUGUUGAAUUGGUGAAGAUGCAAGAGGAGUCCUCAGUUCGAAAGGAACAGGCAAGGCGAGCUACUGAAGAACAGAUUCAAGCUCAGCAGCGUCAAACGGAGAGAGAGCGAGCUGAAAUAGAAAGGGAAACCAUAAGAGUUAAGGCCAUGGCAGAGGCAGAGGGCCGAGCCCAUGAAGCCAAGCUUACUGAGGAGCAUAAUAGUAGAAUGCUUAGAGACCAGAUGCGGGGUGAAAGAGACAAAUGGCUUGCUGCAAUUAACACAACUUUUAGUCAUAUUGAAGGUGGCUUAAGGGUCUUAUUGACUGAUAGGGAAAAGUUGCUUAUGACUGUGGGAGGGGCCACGGCAUUAGCUGCAGGAGUAUAUACAACUAGAGAAGGCGCUAAAGUGACGUGGGGCUACAUUAAUCGGAUUUUGGGGCAGCCAUCAUUGAUCCGGGAAUCAUCCAUUGCAAAAUUUCCAGGGUCAAGGAUUAUAUCUCAAGCCAAAAAUAAAGCUUUAAGUUAUAGUACCAUGGCCAAGGCAGAAAAUUUUUCUGAGAGUAAAACUGGCCUUGAAAAUGUGGUACUACAUCCAUCACUGCAGAGAAGAAUAGAGCAUCUUGCACGGGCUACAUCAAAUACCAAGGCCCACCAGGCACCAUUCCGUAAUAUGCUCUUCUAUGGCCCUCCUGGUACCGGUAAAACCAUGGUUGCAAGGGAAAUUGCUAAAAAAUCGGGUUUAGAUUAUGCUAUGAUGACUGGAGGAGAUGUUGCACCCCUGGGCCCACAGGCUGUUACCAAAAUCCAUGAGAUAUUUGAUUGGGCCAAGAAAUCUAGAAAAGGCUUGCUACUUUUUAUUGAUGAGGCUGAUGCUUUCCUUUGUGAGCGCAACAGCACACACAUGAGCGAAGCUCAACGAAGUGCUCUAAAUGCAUUGCUCUUCAGAACUGGCGAUCAGUCAAGAGACAUAGUGCUUGUCCUUGCCACAAACAGACCGGGUGACCUUGACAGCGCGGUGACUGACCGCAUCGACGAGGUGAUUGAAUUCCCACUUCCUGGGGAGGAGGAGCGUUUCAAAUUGCUGAAGCUCUAUUUGAACAAAUACCUGAGCGGAGAAGACAAUGGCAGCUCAUCCAUACUCAGGAAACAAGCCCAAAAAAUAAUCAUGAAGAAUAUAUCAGAGGAUGUGCUGAGGGAGGCUGCGAUGAAAACGGCGGGAUUCUCAGGUCGUGAGAUAGCCAAAUUGAUUUCCGGCAUCCGAGCAGCCGUGUAUGGACGCCCAGACUGCACUUUGGAUUCUCAGUUGUUUAGAGAAAUGGUAGAUUACAAGGUCGGGGAACAUCACCAACGUAUAAAACUGGCGGCUGAAGGCGGUCUUCCUGACAAUUUUUAGUCUCCCGUGCUCCAGUCUGAAUUCCGGGGAUUUCUUUUUCGACAAUUUUUUUUUUUAAAAAACUUUCAUCGAAUUCGUUGUAUCAUCACUAUACUUGACCCCUGAAGCAGAUUCAUUUAUAGAGGUAGAGCCCCGCUCCCCGUCUAUCCUGCGGAAAAUUUUGCGGGAUCCUUCCCAAAUUGGUGCGGAAUCUUGUAAGUGUCUUGUAGUAGAAAUGGAGGUAUACUGCUGUGUCUGUGAGGCAUCCCCUAGAGGCUUGAUGCCAUGAAAGCGAGAAACUGGGCCUGGACUAAUGGUGUUUUUCUUGCUAACUGAGUGAAAGGCCCAUAAGAAUUUUGGCCCAAAAAGGAGUCAAAGGUCUAUUGAGUUUUAAUCGUUAUUGAAUAAUUUUGAUUUUGACCA